AUCAUUUGAUGUCAGCCAUCUUUUCCCACGGCCGAUAUCGCCUACGUUCCGCGCCCUACAAGAACAAUAAUAACAGAAAGCUAAUAGAGAUAAUUCAAUAAGCACCAUCAAGGUUCGAAAGGCGCAGUGUAACGUUUAAUAGAAGGCGCACUUUGUUGGUUGUUGUAUAAAUAUCGAAUACUCUCUCCAAACAUUGUUUUUGGUUCCCUUCUUCUCACUGCAAAAUCAACUUCAAGGGAUCUACUGUUCAAUGUCACAGACCUCACUCGAACUCGUUACUCCCAAUGGAAAUGUGUCAGAUAACGCAGUCCAGUUACAGAACCUCGAUCAACGCUUCGAGUCUCGAGCCAGCGAUGCCGAGUUCUCACUGCCUCCUGUUGAUGGCGGGAGAAAAGCAUAUCUAUUCUUAGCUGCUUGUUGGGUUGUUGAAGCAGUGACAUUUGGCUUCGGAUUCUCAUUUGGCGUCUUUCAGGAAUACUACAGUCACCAUAAGCCUUUCGCGGGUUCAAAUAGCAUCGCUGCUAUUGGAACCACAACAACUGUGAGAUACUUGCCCACUUUAUCCCCCCUGGCUCUAACAUGAUCCAGGGCAUGCUAUACCUUGGAGCACCCUUCGUUGUCAUUAUAUGCCGCUUCUACCCUCGUCAAGCCCGCUGGUUCACAUACGCAGGCCUCUUCGUGACAUCCCUAGCCAUGGUCAUGAGUUCCUUUUGCACAACUGUUCCUCAACUCAUAGCAACACAAGGAGUACUCUUUGGAAUCGGAGGCUGCUUCGCUUACUGUCCUUGUACUCUCUAUAUCGACGAGUGGUUCGUUCGUCGUAAGGGCUUUGCUUAUGGAAUUGUCUGGAGUGCUGCUGGAGCUGGAGGUGCUGUACUCCCUCUAAUUCUCGAAACGCUCCUCAAGAACUAUGGCUUCCAAACCACUGUCAGAAUAUGUGCGGGCAUCCUAUUUGGAACUGCAGCUCCGAUUGCAUAUUUCAUCAAGCCCAGACUACCACUUUCGGCCACUAUCCACAGGAAGCCUCUCAAUAUGCGGUUCGUCACAUCCAGAGUGUUUCUUCUGCAUCAACUUGUCAAUGUCGUUGAGGCAACAGGCUACUUCCUCCCUACGAUCUACCUGCCCACUUAUGCUCGAACAACCUUUGGCACCUCAACUAUCCUCUCGGCUUUGACAGUUAUUCUGGUCAAUAUUGCUACGACAAUCGGUCUGAUGGUUAUGGGAUCGCUCAGCGAUAAGCUUGCAGUUACGACAUGCAUGCUCAUAUCGGCAGUAGGCGUGGGUAUUUCAGUCCUACUUGUCUGGGGACUUACAGCAUCUCUCCCUGUCCUGUACGUUUUCUGCGUCAUGUACGGUCUCUUCGCAGGAUCUUGGGCCUCGAUCUGGCCAGGAAUUAUGAGAGAAGUGACGCAGAAGUUUCAGGAUGAAAACGAGCACAUUGACCCCGUGAUGGUGCAUGGACACCUCUGCGUGGGUAGAGGAGUUGGAAACAUCAUCUCUGGACCAUUGAGUGGUUCUCUCAUUCGAGGUCAACCAUGGCAGGGAAGGGUUAUUGGGGGUUAUGGAAGUGGAUAUGGCAUUCUGAUUUUGUACACUGGCCUCACGGGCUUGGUGAGCGGUAUGAAUUUUUUGUGGCGAUACGUGAAUGUUUUGUAAGGGAUGAACAUCUCUGGAAGCUGAUGUUUCAUCAACAUACAAGGUAUUGGCAACGAUAUCUGGUUUCGAGCGUGUCAGGCUAAAAGUGAUUUGUAAGGCAACCUAGUUCUUAAUCUGAGACACAUACCAGCCUUGAACGUCAAGAAGCAGUGCUUAGUAUUGAUCAGAAACUUUAGAGCUAAGAACUCAUGAGGAAUAUCAUCAUUAAUGUGAAGUUGUCGGGCCCUAUAUAAUAAUUGUCUUUCAUAUCAACAGCCUUAGCGGCGCUU